AUGUCCACACUACCCCUACUCCGCUCGACGCUGGCUUCAAGUUCUAGGAAUACCACACUUCGAUCAACCACUCCAAUUUUACGAACAUCAUUACCUCGUACCGCUUCCAAUAUCUUCGCUAGACAGCAACUGAACAGUAAACAACUCCCCAUCACUUCACUAGUAAUUCGACGAAAUCCUAUAUCGAUACGUGCAUUCAGCUCUACAUCUUUGACGCGUAAUGUCCCGCCCGCUUCCCAAUCGUCCUCCUCUCAAUCAUCUCAAUCAUCAUCAUCAUCAUCAUCAUCAUCAUCAUCAUCAACGGAAGAAGAUGAACUGCCUCCCAAUACCUCAGCAGCAGGCCGAUUGAAAGCUUUGUUCAAGAAAUACGGUUGGUACGCUCUAGGUAUAUAUACGAUACUUUCAACUAUAGAUUGUUCUCUCACGUUCUUGGUGGUUCAUGCUAUUGGUGUGGAACGUAUAAGACCCAUAUUCGACAGUGCCAUCCAAUUCUAUCGAACAAAAAGAUACGGUGAGGAAGAAGCUAUUGAAAUGGGAGAAAUUGACAAGAAGAAACGAUUGGAAGAAUCGAAAUUACAAAAUGAACAAGGUACAAACGGUAAAAAAGAAUGGUUUGGAAAGUCUUUUUGGGCAGAAUUGGCUUUGGCUUAUGCUAUCCACAAAACCGCUUUGUUACCUGUUAGAGCUGGAUUGACAGCUGCUUGGACACCCAAGAUUGUCAGUUGGUUAACGAGUAAAGGAUGGGUAGGCAAGGGAGGUCUCACAAGAGCAGCUACGCAUGCGCAAGGAAAAGUGAAAGACGCUUCGGAAAGAGUGAAGGACAGAGUAAAGAGGCAAUGA